GCAAAGCCUGCGUCUAUUGUUCAAUCGUGUGCUGGUCGAGUUGCUUUGGCCUGGAAUUGUUAUCUCCAUAGCUGGGGCUGCUGUUGAGCUUCGUUUCAUUGCCUGGCUCGCUUGACGCGCUGCUCUCUCUGCAACGAAUUCGAUUUAUUCCUCAGAAAAAAUGUUCCUCAAGGACGGUGAUUACUCAUACUGAGAUUAUUUUCUGGAAUAUAAUUUAGGGGAAUCAGAGACAGUGCAUAUGCCAUCGCCAAGAAAUUUCUUCUGGUCUCAUGCCACGCAUCUUCUACGUCGCUGUGGCAGACAGCCGGAUGGUGUAAGCUCUCAGCGAAGCCUGUAUUCUGCGGCUCCAAUUGCAGACCUUAUUGCACCACCUCUUGGAGCUAAUUUCUGGGGUAUUGGUUGCAGCAGGAGGCAUCGAAACCUUCCUGCCAUGGAGAAUCAGGUAAAAGGGAUGAUGAGCGGAGGUCUGGAUGUGUCGGACCUGAAAAAUGCGAACACUGUUGGAGGCGGUGUAGGCGACACUUUUGGGGAAGAUGCAGCUACUGAAGAGCAGCCGUUCACGCCGUGGGCUCGCAUUGUAGCGAGUGGGUUGGAGUUAUUGAGAGAUCCACGAUAUAACAAAGGACUUGCGUUCACUGAAGUGGAGCGCGAUCGACACUACCUCAGGGGUCUUCUUCCUCCCACCGUUAUCUCACAAGAAUUGCAGGUUGAGCGUAUUCUUGAGAAUGUUCGGUCGUACCAAAAUCCCCUCGAAAAGUACAUUGCUUUGAUGGAUUUGCAGGAACGGAACGAGAGGUUAUUCUACAAAGUUCUGAUAGACCAUGUAGAGGAGCUUCUGCCAAUUGUUUAUACUCCUGUUGUAGGAGAAGCUUGUCAGAAGUACGGCAAUAUCUUUCGUCGCCCGCAUGGCCUCUACAUCAGUCUCAAGGAUAGGGGUCAUGUGCUAGAACUUCUCAAGAACUGGCCUGAAAAGAAUGUCGAAGUGAUUGUUGUGACUGACGGCGAACGUAUUCUGGGACUCGGUGACCUUGGGUUAAAUGGGAUGGGCAUUCCAAUUGGAAAACUAGCUUUGUAUACGGCCCUAGGUGGAGUUCGACCCUCUUCUACAUUACCUAUUGCCAUCGACGUGGGUACCAAUAAUGAAGCUCUUCUCAAGAACCCCUUCUACAUCGGUUUGCGGCAGAGGCGAACUACAGGCCAAGAGUAUGAUGAAUUAUUACACGAGUUCAUGAUCGCUUGCAAGCAAGCCUAUGGAGAAAAAGUUCUCAUUCAGUUCGAAGAUUUUGCAAACCACAAUGCAUUCCGGCUGCUUCAGAAGUAUGCAACUACACAUCUUGUCUUCAAUGAUGAUAUCCAGGGAACUGCUGCAGUGGCACUUGCAGGACUGGUGGCGGCAUUACCCAUAACAGGAGGCACGCUUGCUGAUCACAAAUUCCUGUUCCUAGGUGCUGGUGAAGCAGGUACAGGUAUUGCUGAAAUUAUCGCCUUAGAAGUAUCCAAACAGGCCAUAAGAAUUCCAAUGAAGAUUAGAAGUGGGCUUUAUGGUACUCUUUGCUGUAGUCAUCAGGGGAAAAUUACUGUUGAAGAAGCACGUAAAGCAAUUCACCUUGUGGAUUCCAAGGGUCUUGUGACCAAGUCACGGUAUGAAUCCUUACAAGAGCACAAGAGGCCCUACGCUCAUGAACAUCCUCCUGCCCAUGACCUUCUAUCUGCUGUCAAGGUUUUGAAGCCCACCGUGUUGAUUGGAACUUCUGGGAAGGGUGGAACUUUUACCAAGGAAGUUCUGGAGGAGGUUUCUUCAUACCAGGAUAAACCGAUUAUCAUGGCGCUUUCCAACCCGACCUCUCAGUCUGAAUGUACAGCAGAGGAAGCUUACAAGUAUACUAAGGGGAAAUGCAUCUUUGCCAGUGGAAGUCCAUUUUCGCCAGUAACAUAUGAGGGUAAAACGUAUGUAAUUGGGCAGUCCAACAAUUGCUACAUCUUCCCCGGCAUGGGGCUUGGGUGCACUAUUUCGGGAGCUAUUCGUGUCCACGAUGAUAUGUUCCUGGCAGCUGCGGAGGCUCUUGCAAAGCAGAUUAAUGAGGAGCAUCUUGCCAAGAACCAACUUUACCCAGCAUUCAACGAAAUACGCGAGAUCUCAGCACAUAUUGGUGCAGCAGUAGCCGCGAAGGCCUAUGAAUUAGGAUUGGCAACGAAGCUACCGCAGCCUAAGGAUCUAUUCGCUUAUGCCAAGAGCUGCAUGUACAGUCCGAAUUAUCGCCAAUAUCGUAAAAGCCUGCUUCCGGGUGCAACGGUACCCCGUCCCCGAUUAUGAGGAAUCUUGUGAUCUCAUAAAUUUCUGGCAUAAACGGUUUUUUUGAUUGUGUAAUACCACCGGAACCGGUCUUAUGAGGAGCUUCAAAGGUGUUAUCUGAAAUCCGACGGAGUGCUAUUUCUGAACUACGCUUUCUCAUGUGUCCUUGAGAAGUGUUUGAAUCCAUGCUCUUUGAAAUAGGGAUUGCUCUAAUUUAUUGUUGUUGCGGUGGCACAAUUUUUAGAUGAUAAACACGUCGUUAUAUUUGGAGUUUGUUGUGUAGUCCAUAACAACUUCCAGAUGAUGCACACGCUUUUAGACAUUAGUAUUCAUGGUAGUUCCACAAUAAGUGAUAAUUUUCUAUUAUUCAAUGGUCAAUUAGUAAAGUCAGCAGGAUUAUUCGCUACCUGAGCUUGGAAUUUGUUAGAGGUUCGGAACGACUGCUAGUCCAAGAUUCUUCUUACCCUGAUGAGCAACUUCAGCUAUAUUCUGGAAUUUUAAUUAAGAUUUUCUUGGUCUAUUAAAGUUUA